AUGAUGAUCUACAGAAACGAAGCAGUCUACGUUACCAACUUGUCAAAGAAUGCUAAUGAGAAGACUAUUAGGGACUUCUUCUCAUUUUGUGGAAAGAUUGUAGAGUUGAGAGUAACAGAGAAUAAGAAUGGAGAGACUAAUGAUGCAGUUGUAAUAUUCGAAACAGAGGCUGCUGCCAAGACUGCACUGCUUCUACAGGAUGCCCUAGUUAGUGAUAGAGCAAUUCGUGUAGUACCCUACACUGAUGCUCCAGAUACCCAUAUUCCUGCUUCAGAGUCUGCCGCUCAAGAUCAUAACACAAAUGACGAUCAAUCAACUGAUACUGCACCAUUGUUAACCAAGGAAUCAGAUAACAACAACAACAACAACAACAACAAUCAAAACGACUUUGAGAAGUCAUUGACCAGCGCGUUUGCUUCUAUCUUUGCUGCUGGCUAUAGUGUUGGACAAGAGGUUGCAGCAAAGGCUAAGCAGAUUGAUGAGGAGAACUUGAUCUCGUUGAAGCUCAAGGUUGGCGCAGAGAACCUUAAGGUCAAGGCCAACGAACUGGACAGCAAGCUACAAUUGAGCGAGAAGACCACCGCUGUCAAGGUGGCCGUCACUGAGAAGGCAAAGGAUCUGAACAUCUCCGAGAAUGCCUCGGCCAUCAAGUCCACCGUGGUCGAGAACCUUACAGCCAUCGACGAGCGUCUCCAGUUGUCUGAUAUGUUCAAGUCAGCCACCGAUCUUAUCUCCCAGCACAUCAUGUCGUUGGCCGCCAGAGCACAGCAGAAUCCCACCAUCUCCAAGGGUGUGGAGAUGGUUGGCAACAUUGGCACUGGCAUCAAGGACACUGCAAACAACAUCUCGCAGACCGUUGAGAACCAGUUCGCCGUGCUCUCCACCGAGACCAACCGCAUCGUCGAGGAGAAGCAGCGUGAGAAGCAGGAGAGCCAAGGUGAGUCACAGCCAUUGCUCAAUGGCGAGGAUCAACCAACAUCAGCCAUCAACGCCGAGGUCGAAGAGCAUGCCACUGAGGAACAACCAGCACCAGUUUCAACCACACAGACAGUGACUCCACAGCCAAGCCUAUUGUAA